AUGUUCUCGAGAUCGGCUAUCCGCACAAUCCGAGCGGCGGCUCCCGCGUCGCGCCUCGUCGCUGCCUCCCGCGCCCCGGCCGUCCGAACCUACGCCGCUGCCGCCGCGACCGAGAACGUCAAGCCUCCCGUCGCCGUCUUUGGCCUUGACGGCACCUACGCCACUGCCCUGUACACCGCCGCUGUCAAGACUUCCUCCCUCGACCCCACGGCCAAGGCCCUGUCCACCCUCGAGUCGCUCGUCUCCAAGGAUCCCAAGCUGGCCACCGUUCUCGCUGCGCCCACCCUGAGCGCCGAUGACAAGAACGCCAUCGUUGCCGAGCUCACCAAGCAGGCCGGCGCCAGCUCCCAGGAGACCGUCAAGAACUUCCUUGCCGCCCUCGCCGAGAACAACCGUCUCGGCCUCCUGCCUGGUGUUUGCCAGAAGUUCGGCGAGAUCAUGAGCGCCGCCCGCGGCGAGGUUGAGCUUAUUGUCACCAGCGCUACGCAACUCGACAACAAGACCCUCAACAGACUCGAGGCUGCCAUCUCCAAGUCUGCCUACAUCGGCCAGGGCCAGAAGCUCAAGGUCACCAACCAGGUCAACCCUGAGAUCGUCGGCGGCCUUAUCGUCGAGGUCGGCGAACGGACCAUCGACCUUAGCGUCUCGUCCAAGAUCGCCAAGCUUAACAAGCUUCUCACCGACGCCUUGUAA